AUGACUGCCGCUCGCCUGAGAGAAUUGAAGGCCACACAGCCCCCAGUCUUCCGAAUAAACCUCUCCCUCCCACCAGAAGAGCGCUACAAAACCCUCGCACGACUCUACAAAGACAAACUGCACGUCGUGACGGACAUCUUCGACGAAGUGAUCCACAACCUAGCACCCAAACUUCCAACGAAACCAAUCCACUGGAUGGCACGAAUGUGCCUACGCAAGUUGUACACGAAAGAAGAAACGGCUGAAAUCCGCGGUAUCAGUCACGUCACCGGAAUCGACCUCUACUUCCUGAUAAGCUUCAAUGUCGUCCUCGAUCUGCUGAUGGGAUGCACAAGCGGCGGUGUCCGAAUGCACGACGGGCUCUGGACAAGAAUGGUUCAUUUCCGAACCUUGGACUGGGGCAUGGACGCUUUACGCGAUCUAAUCGUGCAACUGGAGUAUAUUCGCGAUGAUGAGCCCGACAACGUGCUCGCAUCCUGCAUCACGUACGUCGGGUUUGUGGGCGUCCUGACUGGCGUCCGGAAGGGUUUGAGUGUCUCGCUCAAUUUCAGAGCUGUACAUGACUCGCGUCGAGAUCGGGGCUUCUAUUGGAAUCAUUUGCUGGUCUUUCUCGGCUUCCGUCAGUCGGUCACCUCGCUGUUACGACAAAUUAUCAUACCCGGAUCAGUUGUGCCCGACAACUCGCUCUCGAAUACAUCGACCAUAUGGGAUGUCAUUGUCGAAGUCCCGGGGAUGCGUACCACGGCCGCGUAUUUGAUCUUCUGCGAUGGAUCUAGAACAAUGUUUAUGGAAAAAGACUACGAGUCAGCAGUUUGGCGGACCUCGACUUCAUUUCUUAUCAAGACUAAUCACGAUGAAGAUGUGAACACAGCUACGGCUGAAGCCAUAGCUAGAGACAAGGGAUACACAGGCCUGCGAUCUAAAAAUUGUGCGCAAAGCAUGGCUGAGGUUUUUGAGCAGAGCAGGAAGCGGCAGGAAUCCAUGCAACUCAAAUGGGAGUCCAGGGUGCAGGAUCAUAAAGCUUUCCAGCGGCAAAAGAGGAUACGCAGAGCGACGGAGGCUGCUCUCUCAUCCACCCAACCAUUACAUCUUAGGUGGAAGCGGAAUACGGAGGGCGAAUACCCGCCGGAAUCUGAGACUGAGGUGUCUGCUACGCUUGGAACCGUGCUUGGAUGGCUUUGCGCAGACCCGAUCGUCAAUAGAGAUACGCAUUACGCGGUUCUGAUGGAUCCUGUCGAGGGACGGUUCAUCUAUGCAGGGCAGUUUCCAGCUCAGACUUCACGACUUGUCUUUUUGGAGAAAUAG